CUGUUCUUCAACCGUACAGAUUUAUUUUUUUUAUGUCCUCCAUCUAUAUAUGUAUACGUAUAUGUUAUGUAUAUGUAUAUGUAUAUGUAUAUCUAUAUAUAGUCUUCUUCCCUGAGCAUAUGUCCUUAGAAAAAAACUCAUCCGGUCAAUCCAGAUUACAGAUUAACAGACUAAGUGCUUUAAUCUAAACUUUCAUCAGCUCAGAAUUGAGUACUCCUUCAACUAAUACAUGCCCUGUUUGUGGAGUUUCCAUUAACAUUUUGGAUUUGUUUCAGUGUGUUCGUUCUUCCAGCAUUCACUGUUCAUAUUCUGAGCAUCAGGUGCUAAAUUUAUGAUGGAAAACAACAAAGUUGUGGAUUCUGUAAUUCCAGAUUCCCCUGAAGCUCCAUCACUCAUCAAAUUUAUAUCAUCAAAUAAAGUGGAUGGCUUUGAUAAAAUGGAAGAGACCAACUUCCAAAAUAAUGGGUAUAUACCAAGCAGAUUUCGGCCUCUCAGUCCAGCAACUCAAGAAAUUGAAACAGAUAUUGUGCAAAGCCAAAGUGAUGAACCUGAAACAAGUCAUCAAAGGAAACAGUCUGUUUCUAUUAGCAUGCCAUCAUCUCCUUUGCAAAGAAAUGUAGAAAACAGCAAGAAGGUUUUCUUCAGUGGUGAAACGAAAUUCAAUGAUGAAAUGCCAGAUCCUUCUUCCACAACCAAGACGGUUUUCAUUGAAAUGCCAAAAGCAACAAAAUUUUAUUCUCAGCCCAUGCCAAAAGGCUCAACAUUUGGGGAGGCAAAGAGCACUGGGAAUAUAGACUAUCAUCCAAGAAUUAAAAAGUUGAAGGACAAGAGGUUUGAUUCUUUCAAAACAUGGUCUGGGAAACUCGAAAGGCAGUUCUCACAAUUGCGCGGAAGGACACCGCAGGAGACUGAACCAGAGGAUGUUGGUUUGCGAAAUUCAGGAGUUGAAGCUUUAACUGUGGACCGUUAUUUUGAUGCAUUGGAAGGGCCAGAACUUGAGACCCUGAGGGCUUCAGAGGAAAUAUUGCUUCCGGAUGACAGGCAAUGGCCAUUCCUUCUGCGCUAUCCCAUCUCUUCAUUUGGUGUCUGUCUUGGUGUAAGCAGCCAAGCUAUUAUGUGGAAAACCCUCGCUACUUCUGCCUCCACAAAUUUUCUCCACUUGAGCCUGAAAGUAAAUCUGGUCCUAUGGUGCAUAUCUGUUGCUCUCAUUGCCAUUGUUGCCUCCAUCUACUUUCUCAAAAUGAUCCUUUAUUUUGAAGCAGUUCGACGCGAGUACUACCACCCAAUUCGUGUUAACUUCUUCUUUGCCCCAUGGGUAGCCCUCUUGUUCUUAGCUCUUGGAGUUCCGCCUUCACUUACUAAGGACCUGCAUCCAUCUCUUUGGUACGUCCUAAUGACCCCAAUCCUCUGUCUUGAGCUUAAGAUCUAUGGACAGUGGAUGUCUGGAGGCCAACGAAGGCUUUCGAAGGUGGCUAAUCCUUCAAACCAUCUCUCAAUUGUUGGCAACUUUGUUGGUUCAUUAUUGGGUGCCACAAUGGGACUUAAAGAAGGGCCUAUUUUCUUCUUUGCUGUUGGUUUGGCACAUUACAUAGUCCUAUUUGUAACUCUCUACCAGAGACUUCCAACAAAUGAGACGCUACCAAAGGAGCUUCAUCCAGUUUUCUUUCUGUUUGUAGCAGCACCUAGUGUUGCUUCUAUGGCAUGGGCAAGGAUUCAAGGCUCUUUCGACUAUGGAGCACGCAUUGCUUAUUUCAUUGCCUUGUUCCUUUAUUUCUCAUUGGCAGUUCGAGUAAACUUUUUCCGAGGUUUCAAGUUUUCGCUAUCAUGGUGGGCUUAUACUUUUCCCAUGACUGGUGCUGCCGUUGCAACAAUCAAAUACUCCAAUGAAAUCACCAAUGUUGUAACCCAGCUGUCUGUCAUACUCUCCCUCACUGCCACACUCGUAGUUACAGCCCUUCUUGUAACGACUAUCUUGCGUGCUUUCGUGCUACAAGACCUCUUCCCAAAUGACAUUGCAAUUGCCAUUAGUGACAGAAAGCCAAAAUCACACAGGAAGUGGCCGUUCCAUAUAAGAAAUGGAAGCUCUGACCAUUCCAAAGACAUUGAGAACUUCUUAAAGUUUUCAAGCUCAGACCCCACUGAUUUAGAAGCUUCUCUGAAACCACCAAGUUCUGAGACCACAUCAUCAUAAUUUUCUGAGGCUCCUCAUCUGAAUGUUCCUGCUAGAACAGGAUCAUGCUUCAAAACUCUUAUGAGAUCGAUAACAAUGUUCUAUGUAUCAUCAUCACUCAGGACAUGGGAGGAACAUAUUAAGAAAAAGUUUUGCUAGUUCCGGUGAACAUGUUCUAAUAGAGUGAAUAUGAAACUACACACUUUUCAUGUACGAGUAGGGAAAUAGUUAUGUACAAACAAAUAUGCUCUUCAAAAUAUGAGUGUUGAUCAUGUUAAUGUAUGUAAUGUAAUAUUAUGAAGCAAAAAUUUCAGUAGUCGCUGAGAAAUGAUAAUCUUCGUUUUUGCUUUA